AUGGCGGGCGUGAACGGAUAUACCCAGGAUCUGGCUACCGUCGAAGAUCCCAAUGAGCGUCGGCGCAUAGCUCUGCAGGAAAUCGACAAUGCCAAGUUUGGCUGGCACCAUAUUAGGGCCAUCGUCGUGGCAGGCGUUGGUUUCUUCACGGAUUCCUACGAUAUCUUUGCUAUCAACCUGGCUUCGAGCAUGCUUGGAGUGGUCUACUGGCAGGAUGCUGCUUCUAGCGCUGGCAAGAUCCCAUCCUCUUCCGACACGGCGAUCAAGGUUGCCACCUCUGGAGGGACUGUUAUCGGACAGCUCUUCUUUGGUUGGCUGGCCGAUCGCAUCGGUCGUAAACGUAUGUACGGGAUUGAGUUGAUUAUCAUCAUCAUGGCAACCCUCGCUCAGUCUCUCUCCUCGGAUUCACGUGCGGUCUCGAUUGUUGGUAUCCUCAUCUUCUGGCGGGUGAUCAUGGGUAUUGGUAUUGGUGGUGACUACCCGUUGUCCUCUAUCAUUACUUCCGAAUUCGCUACAACCAAGUGGAGAGGUGCCAUGAUGGGCGCCGUCUUUGCGAUGCAGGGCUUUGGCCAAUUUGCUGCCGCCAUUAUUGCCCUGAUUGUCACUUCUGGCUUCAAGGAGUCCCUCCUCACGGCCAAGUCUGUUGGCCAGUGCUCCGGAGUGUGCCAGCUUGCUGUGGAUAAGAUGUGGCGCGUUAUCAUUGGAUUUGGCGCUGUCCCCGCUUGCAUUGCUCUUUACUACCGUCUGACCAUCCCCGAGACCCCUCGCUAUACCUUUGAUGUGGCCCGCGAUGCCGCCCAGGCUGAUGAUGAUGCGCAUGCAUACAUCACGGGCAAGCGUGAAAACCGUGUCUCUGUUCGCGAAUCUACCGGAUCACAACUCUCGACCCCUAAGGCUAGCUGGUCGGACUUUGUGAGCUACUACUCCCAAUGGAAGAACGGCCGUAUCCUCCUCGGCACAGCUGGUUCCUGGUUUUUCCUUGACGUUGCCUUCUACGGUCUUGGCCUGAACAACUCUAUCAUCCUGAGCGCGAUUGGGUGGAGCGGUGGUUCUACCGUCUACGAGUACUUCUACCGCAACGCUGUCGGAAACCUGAUUCUCAUCUGCGCCGGUGCUAUCCCGGGAUACUGGGUCACGGUGGCGACAGUCGACACGAUUGGCCGCAAGACCAUCCAGCUCAUGGGCUUCACCAUCCUGACGAUCGUCUUUAUCGUGAUCGGGUUCGCCUACCACCCCCUGCUGAAGUCGCACAACGGGCUGCUCGGUCUCUACGUCAUUGCGCAAUUCUUCUUCAACUUCGGCCCCAAUGCCACCACCUUCAUCGUGCCGGGCGAGUGCUUCCCCACGCGCUACCGGUCCACCUCGCACGGGAUCAGCGCGGCCGCUGGCAAAGUCGGGGCGAUUAUCGCGCAGUGCGUGUUCGGCCCGCUCGUGCACAAGGGAGCCAAGAACUCGUCGGACUCCCCGUGGUUGAACCACGUCAUGCAGAUCUUCGCGCUGUUCAUGCUCUGCGGCUGCUUCACCACGCUGCUCAUUCCCGAGACCAAGCGCAAGACUCUGGAGGAGCUUUCCGGCGAGGACUACGAGCCGUCGUACAACGGGUCGUCUAAUGGUGGCGUUGUCGAGCAGGCUGUGGAGCAGAAGUCUGUCUAG